AUGUCCAAACACUCCCAUUCAGAACGGCGGUCAAGAUCCCAACCCAAAUCAUCCCUCAAAUCCUCGCACAGCGCAAUAGAUUCUCCCGAAGGCCCGCCAAUGAAGAAGCGCAAGUACGUUCCUGGAGGUCCCGGAGGAGGAGGAAGAUUCAUCGAGGUCGAAGUCUCUCACGAUACCACACCGAAAAAGAAAAUGAGCACUCCUCGCCGUCCUUCCUCAAGUGCGCGUAGUCGCCCCGUGCGCGAGAGUGAAGAAGCAACCUUUGCCCCUCCACCACCACCCCCUGUGCCGACAACACCACCUUCCGCUCGUCCCAGGCGCGACAAGCGAGAAAACCGAGGUCGUUUCACAUCAUCAACAGCCGCAGCUUUGGCGCUACAACAAGGAGACGGAUACAAGCCGCGCGAGGAACGGGGUUGGGAGGAGUUCCAUCCAGAUUUGGACAUCGAUGGCAAGCUGGCAGUCUUCACAGCCGAGGAGGUGGACACAGUUGACACUGCUGGCGCGUUGACCGUGGAUACAGUCUCUCCCCUUAUCCAAGAUGGGUUGAGAACGCCUUCCCUGUAUUCUUCCGACGUGGCCUCGCCGGUUCCCUUCAAGCGCAAGCCUGGACGACCUCCACGUCGGCCGGAGGCGAUACUGAAUGCUUUGCUUGCACAACAAGGGCCUAAGGUGAUACCGCCACCAGGUCCAAACCCCCGGGAGAAGCUGACGCUUCCAAAACCAUCAUUCCGAUUGAAAGACCCAUUUACCUUCUACGAAAAGAAGGGAGUUGGCCAGCAGAACUAUGUCGAUCGGACAAUGGCCAGUGUUGGAUACCAAGAAAGUGAUCUGUUCCUUCGCCAUGACCGACGCUUCAUCCGGAUGACUGAGGGCGCUCAAGAGGACGAUAUGGAUGUGAUUCAGCCCGUUGCGACGGACGGGGAUAUCAAUGCAACCACCGGGCGAGUAGAAUAUGAUAUGGACGAGCAAGAUGAGAAAUGGCUGGAUGAUCUCAACUCCAAGCGCCGACAGGAUCAGCUUGAGCCUAUAAAACCGGCCAUUUUUGAAAUCACCAUGACCAAGAUCGAGAAGGAGUGGCAUGCUCUUGAGAAGCGGAUCCCGAAACCUAACCCUAAGCCACCCCAGACUCAAAGACCGCGGUCUAGCUCUGCGGCCGCGGUGAAUGGCGAAACAGUUGGCCCUGGAGAAGAUCAAGAUAGCAAGUGUGCUAUCUGCGAUGAUGGCGAUUGUGAAAACUCCAAUGCGAUUGUCUUCUGCGACGGGUGCGACCUGGCGGUUCACCAGGAGUGCUAUGGUGUUCCUUUUAUCCCAGAAGGUCAAUGGUUAUGCCGCAAGUGCCAGCUCCUUGGUCGAGGCACAACAAACUGCAUCUUUUGUCCCAACACCGAGGGCGCAUUCAAACAAACCACUUCUUCCAAAUGGGCCCAUUUACUUUGCUCAAUUUGGAUCCCAGAAGUUUCGAUUGGUAAUCCGUCUUUGAUGGAGCCGGUCACCGAUGUGGAAAAAGUGCCUCGCGGUCGUUGGAAACUGAUUUGUUAUAUCUGCAAGCAAAGGAUGGGGGCAUCAAUUCAAUGCAGUAACAAGAAUUGCUUUGUUGCAUUCCAUGUGUCGUGCGCCCGCCGAGCUCAGCUUUAUCUGAAGAUGAAGAUUGGCCACGGGCUCAUGGAUUCGCAUCUUCUCAAAGCCUUCUGUGAUAAACAUGUUCCCCCUGACUGGCGACUGGAGCAUGGCACGGAUGCCGCCACUGCUGAUGCGAUCGAAUACUACCGGAAUACCAUGCAGGGUAGACGGUGGGGCGAUAGUCAGGCGGCGGCGCUCUCCCUGGGGCCUUCACACGCCGAAGAAGGCGAGGAGGAGCGUACCCAUACCCCUCGUAUAACUCUAACAGUUGGUGGAAAUAAGCGAAAGCGAACGCAAAGGACAAUUUGGAAAUUGCCAUCUGGUGCGCCCGUCAUUCCACAGGUAGUUUUGAACUCGGUCGUCGCAGCACUUGGAAGAUUUACUGUCCGCGGCCGCAAGCAAUAUGCGGAGGAAGCAUGCAAGUACUGGACGCUCAAGCGGGAGGCACGACGUGGAGCCGCCCUCUUGAAGCGGCUGCAGCUGCAGCUGGAAACCUUCUCUUCCAUGGAGAUGACACGACGGGACUACGUGGCGAUGGGCGUGACUGGUCACAAACGCCUCCAGCGCCGCAUCGAGUUCGGCGAACGGCUCUACAAGGACCUCGACCGACUACGCAUGCUGUGCGAUGAGGUGAAAAAGCGGGAGAAGGAGAAGCUGAAAGAUGCCGAGAUGCUCCGCAGCAUCGUUGAUCUUGUCUACUUCCCCAUUUUCCCAUUACUCUGGCCAAUAUUUGAGAAGGCUCAAGUACUGGAUAGUAAAGCUGCUUUCGCGCCGGGGAUGCUAUCAAUCCGCAAGCGACUUGAAGAACGUUUCUACCCGUCGGUUGCAUCCUUCUCUGCUGACCUGGCCAGCCUGUUCACAUCGGAGAUUGGGGUCGCCCCUGCCGGUGACACUGCGGCGCUUCAGGAACAGAUUAGCGGACGGGCCCCAGAGCUCAGUCUUGAACAGCGUGAAAAACGAAAGCUGGCCAAGCGAAUCAUCAAAGCUAUCCAGCCUGCAUUGGAAGAUGCAAUUCGCAAGGAGAGCGAACUGAACCGCAAGCCAUUUGAGAAGGAACUAAGAGAUCUGGAUGUAAUCCUCGACCAGAGCGUCAUGUCUCGUCGCGACUCUAUCGAGUUUGAAGGAGAUGUCGAGCUUGACGCCGGUCCCCCCGAGCCCAAAGCCGAGCCCAUGGAGGGGGUGGAAACAACCUAUGACGUUAGCGAGGUUCACGCUGAGUCCCAGUCUGUUAAAGGAACGGAAAAUCAGUCAGUGGUCGUUCCUGAAGAGGGUUUCGAUGAGGAAACAGCCCCUGUCGAUGAGAUCAAUCCGAAUAUCAACACGGCCUAUCGACGACACCCCACCCCCAUCCUCAGCGAAGAGGACCAGCAAUUACCUCUAGCACAGGGUGGUAUCCAGUGGUAUAUGCAGUCUUUCGACCCCAUUGGGACUACCAUCCAUGAGGAGCGCUGGACGGGACGGGAUGUAAUGCGCGGCAUGAGUGAAGAGCUGAGCGAAUUGGACGAGGACGAACUGAAGGACCUGGUGGCUGAUGAACAGGACCAAGAUCCUGCCCAUGCGUUGGCGAAUGGGAACAACGCGCAGAAUGGGAACCGCCGGACUCGUCGCGGACGCUUCAAGUAA